ACCACUUGCUCUGAUUGGUUGGUAGUUCUGUUACUGGCAGGGAAUGUUGUGUCUGCUGAGUACCGGCUGGAGCUCCAGCUAUUGCGCUACCUGAACCCCGCACACCGUCUCCAGUCAGGGAGAUGCUGUGACAUGGGCCAGGGACCAAGAGAAUGUCUGAAUCACUGCGACAACUCCCUCCACUUCUGCCUGAGUCCUCCAGACAGUGCUGAUUGCUCCCUGGGUCAGCUAGGAACCGGGCCACUCUAUUCCCCUGACCCUGCUCUCAGUGACGCUGUCAAUUUCUCCACCGGUGGGGCCCUCAUAGCUGACGGUGUGCAGAAUCCUCUCAUCUUCACCGGAGUGGAGUGGCCAGGAGGGUUUGAGCUGGUUGUCAUGGUGGAGGACGGAGAUGGUGGGGAGAGGUCUGAGGAGGUGGAUGUGCUGGUUGUGAGCAAGCCCGCCGGAGUCACCCCUACAGCCAUGUUCACCAGUGCAGAAGAGGUCCGGGGAAAUGCAGGGUGGGGUUUUCUCAGGUUCAACUUCCGACUCACCUGCACAAACAACUACACCGGAGACAGAUGUGCUGAGCGGCCUUGCGAUGCAGAGCAGUGCUCCGACACUACAGCGCGGACAUAUGUUCAGAGAGACCUUGUGAGAAUGGAGGUGUGUGCAGCAAAGCUCCCGACAUGGAGGAUGGCUACACGUGCUCCUGCCCACUGCCUUUUGUGGGCAGUCAAUGUCAGCUUGAGUCUUGUCUACAACCACAACAAUACCACACCCCACCCCUACAGCCAUGGCGCCAGUCAGCAGUGAAGGUCAACCAAGUGGCAGAGAUGUGGCAGUGGUGGUAGCAACAGUGGCUACCUUUGGUCUGCUUCUGGUCCUCUCUGGUCUUGUGGUGGUGUUUGUGGUGCGGAGGGUCCACUGUGGGCGGCAGGGAGGAAGGCGGUGGCUUGGAAAUGUGGAAAGAGAAAAGAGAGACUCUGAGGAAGACGGGAUGUAUGAUAAUCCAUCAUACAAUAACUGCGGCAGGGAGCCAGUCUAUGAACAGCCAAAAACCCCAGAGACAGUGUACAACAUUCCCCGCACAGAGGAAGACAAUUACCACAAGGUUCUCAAUCCUCUCUACCUGGAGGCCAAUCCUCCCUACCUGGAGGCAGACACGAGCCUUCAGCCUCAGCGGCAAGACAAGCUAGAUCAAGACCCUUACUAUGCCACACCCUCCUUGCCAACUCCGCAGCCGCAGGCCAAAACGAUCAUGUACCAGAGCCCUCGGGUUGUGCACCCACCACAGUACACGCCAACGCUGUGUCAUGCAGCUAUAUGAUAAUAGCUGGCACCAUGAGACUUAUAUAGUCACAACCAUGUAUUAUACUCCUAAAGUGUAAACAUCCUAAGGAUUUACCACAUGCAUUGGGUGGAACUCUCUUUUA